AUGGCAGAACGCAAAAAGAUUGUCCAUGCUCUGGACACACCUUACUCGGCGGUUGAGUGGCCACAUAUCAACCAAGAAGAUCAAGAUGCCAUCCUAGAACUCCUCUGCCAUCUUCUUGCCCCUCUCGGCAACUACCGCAGAACAUUCAUCACUCCAUCCAAGGGCAAACGGAAGCGUUCUGCUCACAAGAAAGACGCCCCUGCGGCUCCUGUGCCCCCAGCCCCAGAGCUAGCAUCCUAUGUGGAUGUCGGUCUCUCCCAGAUCUCUCGGAAUCUGCAAGCUAUGGCCUCUUCCAAGUCCCAGCCAAAGCCCUCCUCAGAAGUACGAGAGGAAGACAAGGACAACGCCAUGUCUAUAGAUGCUCCUGCUCAUGCCGUCGACAACUCAAAUGAUGGCAUUAAGCCAUACACAAUCGUCUUUGUCCCCCGUGGUGGCCAAUCCCCGGCAUUCAAUAGCCACUUCCCUCAAAUGGUAGCUCUAGCGGCGCGUAGUCAGCCCGCUGAGACCGCCGUCCGGCUGGUCGGCUUCUCGAAGGCAUGUGAAGACCGCUUAAGUGCGGUUCUCGGGAUCCCGAGAGUGUCAAGCAUUGCCAUCUGCGAAGGCGCGCCGCAAGCCAAGGGCCUCGUUGAUUAUGUGAGGGAGAAGGUCCCGCCUGUGGAUGUGGCUUGGCUGAAGGAGGCUCGGAGAGGGGAGUUCUUGGAGACGAAGAUUGAUGCAAUUGUUACAAAAAUUGGGACUAAGAAGCAGCGGACUUCCUAA